AUGAACGUGAUCAAGGAGAUCGAGCGCUUGAACCAGCAGGAGCUCGACCAGGGCGUGAGCUACGAAGGCUCGUGGCACCACAUCUACCGCGAGUCGGCGUGGGUCUACGUCGGCGGCCUCUCGUACGAGCUCACGGAGGGCGACGUGCUCUGCGUCUUUAGCCAGGUCGGCGAGAUUGAAGACAUCAACCUCGUGCGCGACAAGGACACGGGCAAGUCCAUGGGCUUUGCCUUCCUCAAGUACGAAGACCACCGGUCCACGGUGCUGGCGGUCGACAACUUUAACGGCUCGUCGCUCCUCGAGCGCCUCCUCCGCGUCGACCACGUGCACAAGUACAAGCUCCCGAAGGAGCUUCGCGACAAGGAAGACGGCGUCGACGACGACGACGCGCUCGACGACGCGAUAGACGAGCUCCGCGGGCAGGCAGGGCACGCGUACAAGGACAAGGAGCUCGCGACCAAGUUUGAUAUCCACAAGGGCGUCGACGUCUUCAAGGUCAAGCGCUCGAAAGACGAGAAGAAGAAGCUCAAGAAGGAAAAGAAGAAGGCCAAGAAGCGCAUCCGCGACCAAGUCGACAUCGAAGCCAAGCAGAUGGCGUAUCUCGAAGAGGUCAAGGCCAAGCGCCAAGCGCGGCAUGAAGAGGAGCAGCGCGAGAAGCGGCGGCGCAUGCAGCUCGAGGGCAUCGAGAACGAAGCCGACUUUGUCAUGCCCAGCGAAACCGGCUGGCGCGGCCGGUACGAGCCGACGACGACCGAGAUCUACCCGACCAAGCCGCGCGACCCGAACGCGCCCAAGCCCCAGGUUCAGGGCUACGGCGGUAUGAACCGCCGACGGUAG